GUAGACUUUUUCCAGUUCAGCACCGAACCAGAACGAGCACCCGGUGGUAAUUUUUGAGUCCAGAGGCAUCCCCGAAGAAACAGACCCGAGAGGAAGAAGCUCCCCCCCCCCCCUUCUCAUCCAAGCCAUGAGCCUCUUCGGUAUAGGCAGAAGCCAGCGAACAUUCCGACCAAAAAAGAGUGCACCUUCUGGUAGCAAGGGAGCUCAGCUUAGACAGCACAUUGAUGCCACAUUAGGAAGUGGAAAUCUGAGGGAAGCAGUAAAGCUGCCUCCUGGGGAGGAUUUAAAUGAAUGGCUUGCUGUCAACACUGUGGACUUCUUCAAUCAGGUGAAUCUGCUUUAUGGUACCCUAACAGAGUUCUGUACUCCUGAGAAUUGCCGGACAAUGUCUGCUGGACCUAAGUACGAGUAUAGAUGGGCAGAUGGUGUACAAAUCAAGAAGCCUAUUGAGGUUUCUGCUCCAAAAUAUGUAGAAUAUCUAAUGGACUGGAUUGGAGCACAGCUUGAUGAUGAAUCCAUAUUCCCUCAGAAGCUUGGUACACCAUUUCCCCCCAACUUCAAGGAUGUGGUGAAGACAAUAUUCAAGCGAUUGUUUCGUGUAUAUGCUCACAUAUACCAUUCCCACUUCCAAAAAAUUGUGAGCCUUAAAGAAGAGGCCCACCUAAACACAUGCUUCAAGCAUUUCAUCCUCUUUACCUGCGAGUUUGGGCUGAUUGACAAGAAGGAGUUGGCUCCACUUCAGGAGCUUAUAGAAUCCAUAAUUGUUCCAUACUGAAUAAUUGAUGGAAUCAUAUAGGAAGCAUAGCUAAUGUAUUGAAUUUGAUGAACACUGCUCAUUAAUGUUUGACUAAAGAAACCCCCCAUGUAUGCAUUCUUCUGGCAUAGGGUCUUGUGACUGUAAGUGAAGCUUCGUUAUUCACACAACAAAUAGGAGUGGUAAUGGGGCACCAUGAAUGGCUGCUAAAUAUUUUUCUGCUUUACGUUCCCUGCUGGAAAGCUUGUUGAAGAAUAUACAAGUCAGUGCUAACGAUCUAAUCAUGUAGAUAUCUCUCUGUUGCUGAUUGAUUAUCUAGACUUUUUCAGUUUAUGCUUGAAGUUGAACUAUCAA